AUGGGAGUCCCUAAAUUCUACCGAUGGAUUUCGGAGCGUUAUCCGUGUCUUAGUGAAGUUGUGAAAGAACACCAGAUCCCCGAGUUUGACAAUUUGUAUUUGGACAUGAAUGGCAUCAUUCACCAGUGUUCACACCCUAAUGAUGAGGACGUCCACUUCCGAAUCUCUGAGGAGAAGAUUUUUGCAGAUAUUUUCCAUUAUCUAGAGGUUCUCUUCAGGAUUAUCAAGCCACGCAAAGUGUUCUUCAUGGCUGUGGAUGGUGUCGCCCCAAGAGCAAAGAUGAACCAACAGAGAGGACGCAGAUUCAGGUCAGCCAAAGAGGCAGAAGAUAAGAUUAAAAAAGCUUUGGAGAAAGGAGAGGUGCUGCCCACCGAAGCUCGGUUUGACUCCAACUGUAUCACGCCCGGAACUGACUUCAUGGUUCGACUACAAGAACAGCUCAAAUACUUUGUCUAUAGUAAGAUUUCUACAGACAAGCAAUGGCAAAAGGUCAAAGUCUACCUCUCCGGACAUGAGACUCCUGGAGAGGGUGAACAUAAAAUCAUGGAGUUUAUUAGAUCUGAGAAUGCUAAGCCAAGCCAUGACCCCAACACUCGACACUGCUUGUAUGGUCUGGAUGCUGACUUGAUAAUGUUGGGGUUGACUAGUCAUGAACACAAUUUUUCACUGCUCAGAGAAGAAGUCCGCUUCGGAGGCAAGAAAUCUCAGAAAAGAAUCACUACCCCCGAAGAGACGACAUUUCAUUUGCUUCACUUAUCUCUGAUGAGAGAAUAUAUUGAUUAUGAGUUUUCUGGUCUAAAGGAACAUUUAGGUUCUAACUAUGAUUUGGAGAGAAUAAUAGACGACUGGAUAUUAAUGGGCUUCCUUGUGGGAAAUGAUUUCAUCCCUCACCUUCCAAAUCUCCAUAUCAAUCAUGACGCUCUGCCAAUGUUGUACAAGACGUACAUAACCGUGCUUCCCAGCGUUGGGGGCUAUCUGAAUGAAAAUGGGCACUUGAACCUCAGAAACUUUGAAAAGUACCUGGAGAAACUUGCAGAGUUUGACAGAGAACAUUUCAAUGAGGUGUUCGUAGACCUGAAGUGGUUUGAAAGCAAAGUCGGCAACAAGUACCUGAAUGAGGCGGCCGGUCUGGCUGCAGAGGAGGAGGCGUCCGGCAGUGAUGGCAAUAAAAAGAUUCGAGCACUGGUUGACGCAACCUCGAUGCAGAAGCCGAUCGGAGGUAGGAGUGCUCAGGCAGAGGAAGAGGAAGAGGAGGAUGACAUCUUUGAGACGGAGUUCAGACAAUACAAACGCACCUACUACAUGACAAAGAUGAACGUAGAUGUCGUGUCGGAUGAGUUUCUUGUAGAUCAAGCCAAGGGUUAUGUUGAAGGACUCCAGUGGAUUCUACAUUAUUACUACCAUGGUGUUCAGUCUUGGAGCUGGUACUACCCUCAUCACUACGCUCCAUUUCUCUCUGAUAUAAAGAAUAUAUCAGAGUUUAAGUUGACUUUUGAUCUAGGAAAGCCCUUCAUGCCUUUCCAGCAGCUUCUAGCAGUUUUGCCUGCAGCCAGUAAAGAGCUGCUACCAGAGUGCUAUAGGUUCCUUAUGACCAGCGAGUUUUCCCCCAUUCUCGAGUACUACCCUUUGGAUUUCAAAACGGACUUGAACGGGAAGCAACAGGAGUGGGAGGCCGUGGUGCUUAUUCCCUUUAUCGAUGAGAUAAAGUUGUUGGCAGCCAUGGAGCCCUGCAACGAGAAGCUGACCAAAGAGGAGAAAGCCAGGAACCGGCAUACAGAAUGUGCCGUUUACAUGUACGACAAGGAGAGCGAGUUCACCUUCAAGUCCAGCCUUCCCCAGAUGUUCCCUGACAUCAUCCACUGCCGUGUUAGGGUCAUUACUAUUCCUAUGGACGCUUGGCAUGUACCACUGGAUCACGUCAGCAGGCGCGUGGACCGCUCCGCCCUCUAUUUCUGCGGCUUCCCAACGCUACAGCACAUCCCACAUAAGUUUUACAAGAAGAAGAGCGGCGUGGUUGUCUUCCAGCAGAGCAGCCGAGGGGAGAACAUGAUGCUAGAAAUCCUCUCGAACAAAGACGGAGAAGCAAUUUGCGACAAUGUUGCUGCUGAUUUACUGGGCAAGUCCAUAUUUGUGAAUUGGCCCCAUCUAGAGGAAGCCCGGGUUGUUGCGGUUUCUGACGGCGAGACCAAGUUUUCUCUGGAUGAACCUUAUGGUACCCAGAAAGUGUAUGACAGGCCAUCCACUCCCCCACCCACAAAAGUCUCCCGUCUCUCUGACAAAGACCAGAAAGACUGGGUAAAAGAUGUCCAGGGAAUCACCGAACAUUACCAGAAGAGAAAAGGCAUCUUGACAAACGAGAUCGAUGUGGUGGUCUACGGCCAGCUUAUGAUGGGAAGAAAGUUUGUCCCUAAAGCCACUGGCGUUGUUGAACUGGAGAAACAGUGGGCCAAGCAGGUGUUGCCUUUUCCCUACCAGGCUGUUGUCAAGGAGAUUAGAGCCUUCUACUCGUCUUUGGUAAACUUCACAAGCCUGGAGGACCUUUUUCCUUCGUCGACUGCAGUCUUUAUGGUCGGAAACCCGUACUAUGGCGCUAUGGGAGAGGUGCAAGACUCCAGUGAUGUAAUCAAAGAUGGACGGGUGCGAGUGGUUUUCAGCCUGCCGCAUGAACCACAACUUGACAACUUGAUUCAAAACCAACAUAAAUACUGCGUGAAAUACAGCCCUGGCUACAUCCUGGCCUCUCGUCUCGGCAUCACCAGCUACCUCGUCUCCCGUUUUUCAGGGAGCAUCUUCGUCGGCAGGGGCUCAAAGAAAAAUCCAUGUGGAGAACAGAAAGCUAAUAUCGGUCUGAACCUCAAAUUCAACAAGAAGAAUGAGGAAGUGCCGGGCUACACCAAAAAGACAGAGAAAGAGUGGUUGUACUCUUCAGCCGUGGAGGAACUGCUGGCAGAUUAUUUGGACAGAUUUUCGGAGGUUUUCACAUCUGUAUCGAGAAACUCCCACGAUGAUGUGUUCUAUGAGGACGACAUAUGGCCUGGAGAGGACCAGAACGGACCGGAGAAAGUGUCCGAAAUCACAGCUUGGUUGAAGGGUCAUCCUGUGAGCUCCGUUAGCAGAGCCUCCUGUGACCUUCAGGUGCUGGAUUCCGCCAUUGUCGAAAAGAUCGAGGAGGCAGUGGAAAAGGCAAAGGUGAAGAAGAGCACUCGCAAAGUCCGCGUGACCGUGAAACCUCAUCUGCUCUUCAGGCCUCUGGAGCAGCAGCAGGGCGUGGUGCCGGAUCCUGAGGCAGAGUUUCGUCUGUUUGAUCGGGUUGUGAACGUCAGGGAGGGCUUUUCUGUGCCACUCGGACUCAGAGGAACAGUGACUGGAAUCAAAGGGGCUGAUAAAGAAGCAGACGUUCUUUAUGAAGUGGUGUUUGAUGAAGAAUUUGCUGGAGGUCUUAACCUGAGAACCUCGUCACCUCGAGGAUACCGCCUCCCGCCCUGCGCCCUCAUAAACCUGUCCCACGGAGCGCGAGUGGACCACACAUCGGGCAAACUCACCGCCAUCGUCAAGCCUCAGCCUUCAUCAACUCCCAACAACUCCAACAGACAGCUGGGAGGCUUGAACCACUCCCCACGAUCGCCCUUCAUACCCACACAACAUAAUCACAAACUUGAUAUGAGAGGGUCCCCCCAGGGAAAAAGGGACUCUCCAAAACUCCAAAAUCAAGCCACGAGCAAGGAUGAGUACAGUAACGUCUGGCAGUCUCUGCAGAACUCUGGACCACCCAACAAACCCCCAGCACACUGGCAGAAUGAUCAGGCUCGAGCUGGUGGUAUUAGGCUUUUGAAGAAGAAUGAAGACGCUUCCUCCAUUUUACCCACACAAAACGCCACACAAAAGACCUCGACUGAGUUUGAGAACCUGUUGGCCAACCUCAAGAUUUCAGCUCCAAAAGACCUGACUGCAUCUCAACCUGCUCCUUUUCAGACGUCCGCGAGCCAGGCAGAUGAGCCGCUAUCGCCACAGUCUUUUGCAAUGAAGGGCACCAUGGUCCUGAAGGAGAUGCUGAAGAUAGACAGCGGAGACACUGGAAGCUCCUCAACGUCAGACUCUGCCCACACUGAUGGACAACAGCAGAGCAGGAGACGGUCGUCCAAAAAACUAGCUGCCAAAAUCAACGCUCCUCACGGGGACAGCCCUCCGACGACAGCGGCUGCUCUUCCGCCGCAGCUCCCGGUCCUGAACAGCAAAGUAUCGGAGCUGGCGUGUGUGUGCGCAGGGAUCGGCAUGGCACCUCCCGAGUUCAGCUUCAUCGGCAACAGACAGAGUGUGGUGUGCCAGGUGAAACUGUCCAACGGUCUGAUGGUGCACGGACCCCAGUGUCAGUCGGAAAACGAGGCCAAGGAGAACGCGGCUUUCUUCGCUCUGCAAAGACUGAACUCUGUGGGCUCAGGUUUACCUCUGCCUCAUCCCGCACUCUACCCUGGGAUUCCACAGAUUAGGCCGCCGCCGUUAGGGCCCAUGAAUCCAAUGUUCAACAAAGCAGGUCUGCUGUUGCCUCCACGGGGCUAUGGUCCUGGUCCUGGUCCUCUGUGGGGGAUGGCCAUGCCGCCUCAUCAUCCACAAAACCCACAGUUCUAUGGAGCAACAGGAACUUUCCCUGGAGCGAUCCGUCCUCCACCCCCAGCGGUGGCACCUAUGGGAUCUCACAACCAGUUCAUCCCACUACAGGUAACAAAAAAGAGAGUUUCAGCCAACAAGAAAAACCAGGACAGAGAGUUUUACAAUGCAGCCCAAACUGUUGCUAGAAACCAAGAUCAGAAAUCUCCAAAUCCAGCUGUGGACCAGUCCCAGGGUCAAAGAAAUGCUGCAUUAGAGAACAGCCACAUGUCUGAGCCCAGUCAGUCUGCAGCAGUGCCACAAACUCCCCACAGACAACCGCCUCCUUCCUCCGGACACACCUCCGGCUCUGCUUCCAAGAGGAAACAUCGCAAACUGGCCGUAAACUUUGAGGCGGCCAAAGUGGCCGAGUCGUAA